GCGCCCGGAAGCUGAGGCAGAUCAUCGACAAGGUUCCCGGGCCCCACCUCGUCCUCACCGCCGGGGACGCGCCCGCGCAGUACCUGCCCGGGGGCGAGGUCUUCGAGGCGCUGGCGGAGCGGCCCCACGGCGUGGACGUCUACCCGGGCGAG